CUGCAUACUCAGUCCAGGGUGGAAGUCGUGGACACGACGCCAUUGGACAGUGCCGCAUCAGCACCUUUCUUUCUCGCUAUACAUACAUGCGCCUCACAGCCACAGGCCGUCUGAUGUACACCCGUUGGCCCAUGGCCGGCCUUGAAGCUGGUCAAGAUCUGAUGGCUUUCAGCCCCCAGCCCGGACCCGUCGGGCAAAGGAACGAGGGUGUGGUCGAGAUAUUAAUACCCGAAUUAGGUAUGGCGGCACGGCGAGCUGCGACCGGUUGUCGAAAUGUUGGUUUUUAGUUCGGGAGACCUGCUCUUGGCUUACUCUGUGGCCGGUGGACCAUCUUGGGCAAUUCAAGCCCAGGAGGGCAGACCGGGCUGCAUAAUUCAAAUACAACCGCCCUAAUCCGCCCCAGCGCAUACUCGUGUCGACUGUGAUUCGCGUUAUGCAGGCCUUGCCUGAUACCAACAACCAUGGGGAAACAGACCUCUGGCUUCUCGCUCCCGGGCUUCGUUCGCCUUGCGCCGUCCAUCUAUGUGCAAGACGCAAAGCUUGGGCUGGGAGGCUACAAUACCAACCAUGAGCCCAUGUACUCCAACUCCUCGUUCUGUCUCCCCGCCGGUCCCGCCGCCCAACUCAGCAGUCGGAGCCGUGACACUCCUCCUCCCGGCCUGAUCAUCAUCACCUCCUGGACGGGAGCGGCAUCCAAGCACGUCGCCAAGUACACCGAGGCAUACAACACGCUCUACCCGGGCGUGCCCAUCCUCGUCAUCACCACCGUCGUCGCCGACCUGGUGCUGCACUCAACAAACCACAAACUCCAAGUCCUAGCCCCGGCCAUCGACUACCUCCUCUCACACGAACCCAUCCCGUCAUACCAACCAGACCACACCAGUCUACACUCCUACGACGCCUAUUACCCACCACCUCAACCCCAAACAAGCAAACCACGCUUCCCCUCCCUCCUCCUGCACGCCUUCUCCGAAGGCGGCGCGCACAAAGCCGUUCUCCUCGCCCGCGCAUACCAACAAUACCAUCAACAACACCACCCAAACCCCCCCAACCCAACCCCUCCCCCCCCUUCCCGCCUCCCCGUCGAAGCCCUCAUCCUCGACUCCACCCCCGGCACAGCCUCCUACACCCGCGCCACCACCGCCUUCGCCCGCGCCCUCCCCGGCGGCAGCCAAGGCACGGGGCUCGUCGGCCGCGUGCUCGCGCCCGCGGCGGCGGCGGGGGUAGUCGGCGUGAUGUGGGCCGGCCUGCGGGUGCGCGGGCGCUAUGGGAACAGCGACCUGAUUGCGGCGACGAGGCUGGCGCUGAAUGAUGGCGGGUUGUGGGAUUUGGGUAGGAUGGCGAGGACGUAUUUGUUUGGGGAGGGGGAUGCGGUGGUGUGGUGGGGGGAUGUGCAUCGCCAUGGGGUGGAGAGCGCUGCUGCUGCUGGGGGUGGGGUUGGGGAUGGGGGUGAUGCGGCUGCUGCUGGUUUGGGUGUGGAGGGGGAGGGGGGGGAUGGUGGUGAUGGUGGUGGGGUGGGCAGUUUGAUGGUGAGGUUCAAGAGGACUGAGCACUGCGCGCAUGCGAAGGGGGUGGUGAAUGGGGCGGUGUAUUGGGCGGCGGUGAGGCGGACGUGGGAGAUGCGGGAGGAUCGGGGGAUGGGCUUGCGGAUGGGGUUGGGGAGGCGGUUGAGCCUGGAUUCGCUCUGUCGUGGGGAAGAGGACGAGUAUGGCCGGUAACGGUGCGUGGUUGACUCGAGGCUCUAAAUCGGUCCGAAGAACAAUCCGUGCUGCAGGGUCGAUGCAUGUUGUCUCGUGCUUCGAUCGUUCGGUGGCCUUUCUAUUCCUCACUGUGGACGUCAUUCAUCCGAUCUGUCCUGGUUCCUGGAAUAUCACAUGGAAGCAUGUUCUCGAGGGGUAGCCUUGUCUACCCCUUGUUCAUCAUCAAACCAAAUUAUUCUUUCUGUUCUUGCUAAAUAUGACAGUCAGAAAAAUGUAAGCCACGGACCACAAUCG